CAGAAUGAAAAAGGCAGGCAAUGACCUCCCUCUGAGGCAGUUUCAAGGUCCCCCGAGGUGUACACAACCCACUGCCCAGCCAUGCGCUCCCUUCUGCUCAUCAGCACCUUCUGUUUCCUGUCUGUGGCCCUGGCCGCCGAGGUGAAGAAGCCCGCGGCGGCAGCUGCAGCUCCUGGCACUGCAGAGAAACUGAGCCCUAAGGCGGCCACGCUGGCCGAGCGCAGUGCCGGCCUGGCCUUCAGCCUAUACCAGGCUAUGGCCAAGGACCAGGCGGUGGAGAACAUCCUGCUGUCACCGGUGGUAGUGGCCUCAUCACUGGGGCUUGUGUCGUUGGGUGGCAAGGCAACCACGGCAUCACAGGCAAAGGCGGUGCUGAGCGCGGAGCAGCUGCGUGACGAAGAGGUGCACGCGGGCCUGGGCGAGCUGCUGCGCUCGUUCAGCAACAACACUGCGCGCAAUGUGACCUGGAAGCUGGGCAGCCGGCUGUACGGGCCCAGCUCGGUAAGCUUUGCUGAUGACUUUGUGCGAAGCAGCAAGCAGCACUACAACUGUGAGCACUCCAAGAUCAACUUCCGCGACAAGCGCAGCGCCCUGCAGUCCAUCAAUGAGUGGGCUGCACAGACCACCGACGGCAAGCUGCCCGAGGUCACGAAAGAUGUGGAGCGCACGGAUGGUGCCCUGCUGGUCAACGCCAUGUUCUUCAAGCCACACUGGGACGAGAGAUUCCACCACAAGAUGGUGGACAACCGUGGCUUCAUGGUGACCCGUUCUUAUACUGUGGGUGUCACGAUGAUGCACCGCACAGGCCUCUACAACUAUUAUGACGACGAGAAGGAAAAGCUGCAAAUCGUGGAGAUGCCCCUGGCCCACAAGCUCUCCAGCCUCAUCAUCCUCAUGCCUCACCACGUGGAGCCCCUUGAGCGCCUUGAAAAGCUGCUGACCAAGGAGCAGCUGAAGAUAUGGAUGGGGAAGAUGCAGAAGAAGGCUGUGGCCAUCUCCCUGCCCAAGGGUGUGGUGGAGGUGACCCACGACCUGCAGAAACACCUGGCUGGGCUGGGCCUGACGGAGGCCAUAGACAAGAACAAGGCAGACCUGUCACGUAUGUCGGGCAAGAAGGACCUGUACCUGGCCAGCGUGUUCCAUGCCACUGCCUUCGAGUGGGACACAGAGGGCAACCCUUUUGACCAGGACAUCUACGGGCGUGAGGAGCUACGCAGCCCCAAGCUGUUCUACGCCGACCACCCCUUCAUCUUCCUGGUGCGAGACACCCAGAGCGGCUCCCUGCUAUUCAUUGGGCGCCUGGUCCGGCCCAAGGGUGACAAGAUGCGUGAUGAGUUGUAGGGCCCCAGGGUGGGCAUGGGAUGUCAGGAGGCAGCCUAAGGCUCCUGAAACACAUGGGUGCUAUGGUGGGGUGGGGGUGGGAGGGCGGGGAUCUGAGGUACUGGCCUUUGCCCGUUCAUCUGGGUGGGGUGGCGUGGGGAAACAGACCAGGGUUGCCAAGUGUCUGAGCGGACUUUCCCAGCCAGAAUCCACUCCACUUGGACAUGGGCCCCAGAUACCAUGAAGCUGGGCCCAGAGACUCCAUAUCCUGCGGGACUUGGCAGUAGUCACUGUGCCCUGGCCUCAGAGCCCUAGGAUCAAGCCUGCCUCAGUCAGUGUUCAUAUUUAUAGCCAAGUGUUUUUUCAUCUGUGAACCAGAAUUGAGCUGGGGGGGGACAGUUCAACCCAGCUCUAUGCCAGCCUUCUCCCAACUUUCCUCAACUACAGAUUAGGUGCUCCAGCCCUUGGGACCAGGCACCCCGACAAGGGCCCUGGCCUCAGUGAGGGGGAUUGGAAAAUAGCUCACAGGAGGGGAUCCUGGCAAACUCUGGUCAAAAAUCAUUGCAUUAGACAUCAUGGGGAUGAACUUUUUUUUUUUUCCCUUUUUGAGUUUUUUUCAAAGACGGGGAGGGAAGGAGAAACACAGGCCUUUGUUGCUGUCAAACCGAGAACUUAUUUGUAUGAUUUUGUUUUUCAAUAAAACUUUUCCAAUGAA